AUGAAGAUCUCGCUCGCUUCCGUCACGCCUGUCGCGGCGCUCGCAGCACUCACCGCCGCCUCUUGCGACUUUGUCGCCGGUAACUAUUACUGCUCGCAAACAAACGCCGUCGCUUACUCAAACGUGGGAUAUUCGGGCUCGUACCGCGACGUUACGUCUAUGGACGAGACCUCCUGUACUUGUCAACAGGAAGAAGUCACAUUCGAGGGUUCGUUGGCUCCACUAGAUGAGGAGCUUUCGGUUCAUUUCCGUGGACCUCUCGAGCUGUUGCAGUUCGGUGUGUACUAUCCGGCAAGUGGCGCCUCUCUAAAGAAACGUGAAAACUGCGACGUCGAAGUCGCACACCAUGCGCACAAGCGUGAAGCCGCAGUCAAGAUCGUCGAAGUGACUUCCACUGUCUGGGUCGACGGCGAGGGUAACGCGGCGCCUACGUCCAGCGCUGGUUACCAAUCGAGUGCCGUCGUGACCAUGUCGUCCCUCGUUCCGGAAUCCUCCUCUCCUGCUUACGCAUCCUCUGCUUCCUCCUCUCCUGCUUACGCAUCCUCUGCUUUCUCCUCUCCUGCUUACGCAUCCUCUGCUUCCUCCUCUCCUGCUUACGCAUCCUCUGCUUCCUCCUCUCCUGCUUAUGCUUCCUCCUCCUCCUCCUCCUCCUCCUCUGCUGCUUCCUCGCCCUCGUCGUCCUCAUCUCCCUCCUCCGGGUCCGGAUGGAACAGAGUUGCCUAUUACACUCCCGGUUCCACUACCAACUGUACCUUCAUGAACAACCAAGGUGGUACUGCGGGUUCCGGUACUUGGUCCGCAUGUUUCGGUAACUCGAUCUCCUAUGCGGCCGCAGACGGUGUUUCCGGCGCUGGUUCUCCGCAGGCGCUCAACCAAGUCACCCUUGCGUCGAACAAAGAGUACAUGAUUUUCUCCGGUACCAGCUGCUCCGACGACUCACUUGGAUCUUGUGGUUACUACAGAAACGAUAUCCCAGCUUACCACGGGUUCGGUGGAGCUACCAAGAUAUUCGUCUUUGAAUUCACUAUGCCUCACGAUUACUCGUCGUCUUACAACCAGGACAUGCCAGCAGUCUGGCUUUUGAACGCCAAAGUUCCACGUACUUUGCAAUACGGUGACUCGACUUGUUCUUGCUGGAGCACGGGCUGUGGUGAACUCGACUUGUUCGAGAUCUUGAGCUCCGGUAGCGAAAAACUCAUUACACAUCUUCACGACGGCCAGGGCAACGACGGUACCAGCUCCGGUGGAGGUGGAACCCAGGACUAUUUCGCCAGACCUACUUCAUCUUCUUUGAAAGCUGCUGUCAUAUUCAAUGGUAACGAUAAGAGCAUUCACGUGGUCGAAGUCUCUGACGAUUUUGACCCCUCGUUGAGUGCCGAAACCGUCAACUCCUGGCUCGACGUUGCCGCUUCAGCAGCGAACCUGGUCUAA